UCCUUUCUCCGCUUGUUGUCAAACAAAUGCCGCUUCCACCCUGGGAAUCAAGGCUCUGGAAAGAACCGAGAUUAAAAAGUAGAAUUUACAGCUUCGUUCGUGUUCCGGAGAUUAUGAUCGAAAUUUCGCAAAAAAUGUCCAAGAAUCCUCGAGAAUCUGAAGAAAGAAAAAAAAUUUCACGAGAAUGGACAGGAAAUCAUCAAAGAAGAAACCCUUCGUCGCCAUCAUCAUCAUCACAUUCCACCAUCGCUCACACUCUCUCGUCUCUAUUGUGCUCUAUAGUUGCUGCUCUCUCUCUCGCAUCGCUCACUCUCUCGUCUCUAUCGCGCGCUCCAUAAUCGCCGCUCUCUCUUUGCCAACCUAAGAGGGGCGAGACGUUGUUUGAAUGUAGCAUACUUACGUAUAUUCUAGUAUGUGGCAUGGAAACGCAAGUCCUGGGCACCAGGAAUCUCCACGAAGCCCUCGAUCGCCUUGCGCAGUCCAACGCCGCGCUGGUUCCGGCGUCCUAUGGUGCUCUUCUCAAAGAAUGCGGCAAUGCCAGGGAGCUGGCGCUGGGCAAGCUCGUCCACUCUCACAUCGCCAAGCACGGAUCAUCCGACAGAGACACAUUCCUGGGGAAUUUCUUGGUUCACAUGUAUGGGCGGUGUGGAAGCAUCGACGACGCGCGCAGGGUCUUUGAUAGAAUCCGGCUGCGCAACGUCUUCUCUAGCAACAUCAUGAUCGCGGCAUUUGCCGAGAAUGGGGAUCUUGCUAGCGCGAAGAACUUGUUCGAUCGAUCGACCGUGAAGAACACCGUGACAUGGAACGCAAUGAUCAAUGCGUACGUGGGCGCUGGCGCGAUGGAAGAAGCUAAAGAUCUGUUCAAGGCGAUGCCAGUGAGAGACGUCGUUUCGUGGAGCGCGAUGAUCAAAGCAAAUGCCGGGAGAGGGGAUUUGGAGAUGGCGAUUCUUCUCUUCAAGCUCAUGGAUCUUGAUGGAGUGCGGCCGAAUCGCGUGACAUUCAUGUGUGUGCUCGAGGUGUGCGCUGAUCUAGAGGCAAUCACGCUGGGGAUCACGAUCCACGAGCUCAUCCGGGAGGCAGGGCUGGAAUCCGAGACGAAGAUCGCGAACACGCUCAUCCACAUGUAUGGGAGCUGCGGGAACAUCCAGAAAGCCAGCGAGAUCUUCGAAUCGAUGCCACACAAAUCCACAGUCUCGUGGAAUUCCAUCGUCUCGGCCUAUGCCUGGAGUGGAGAUCUCGAUCAAGCCAAGCGCCUGUUCGAUCGGAUGCCCCAGCGCGACGUGGUGUCGUGGAAUUCGAUGCUCGUGGCGUAUUCCCAGAACGGGCAUGGCGAUCGAGCUCUGGAGCUGUUCUUGGCGAUGGAUCCCUCGCUGCAAAACGAGGUCACGUUCGUAAUCGCGGCGGAUGCCUGCGCGAGCCAGGCAGCGCUGGAAGAGGGCAUCGCGAUCCACUCGCGAGCAUCGGCCCGGGGAUUCGAUGCCGACAUCCGCGUCGCGAAUGCGCUGCUCAAUCUCUACGCGAAAUGCGGCACGAUCGAUCGCGCGAAAGAUCUCUUCGAGAGGAUGAUCGAGAGGGACGCUGUCUCGUGGACUGCGAUGAUCACAGCGUUUAGCCAGAGCGGGCAAGCAUCAGAGGCACUGCUGAUGAUCCAGGCGAUGGAUCUCGAGGGUGUGAAGCUGGAUGGAUUCACCUACGUGACGGCGCUGGACGCGUGCGCGAUCAUCACUCCUCCGGCGGUGGGCGAGGGGCGAUCGAUCCACUCGAGGGCCGUGUUCUACGGCUAUGGCGGCGACACCCUUGUGGCCAACGCGCUCGUCACGCUCCUGGGCAAAUCCGGGAGCGUGGAGGGCGCCAAGACCGCCUUCGAUCGAAUUCGCUCCAAGGACGCCGUGUCGCUCAACAGCAUGAUCGCGAUCUACGCCGCGAAUGGAUCCGGCGAGGCGGCGGUGGAGGCGCUGCGAUCCAUGGCGGCGGACGGCGUGAGCCCCGAUUCCAUCACAUUCAUGAGCGCGCUCUCGGCGUGUAGCCACUCGGGACUGCUGGAUCUGGCCUGGGAGCUCUUCCCGUGCAUCGCUGGGGACUAUGGGAUCGCUCCAGCGAUGGAUCACUACGUGAGCUUGCUGGAUCUGCUGGCUAGAGCUGGGAGGAUUGACGAGGCCGCGGAUUUGAUCGCCCAUAUGCCAUUUGAGCCGCCGGUGCUGGCGUGGACGAUACUGCUGGGCGCCUACAAUGCGAUGGGGCAGCAAGGAUCCAAUGCCGUGGAGCGAUCGAUGGAGCUAGAGCCCGAGAACUCGGCACACUAUGUCCUUCUCUCCCAUCUCAGGAGCCCUAAAAACAGGGGUAGGGUUUGAUUUAAAGUUUGGUUUUUGGGGGGAAGGAAGGAGGGGAGCGGCCAUGGAUCCAAGGGGUGGACGCGAGAAAAAGCAGCGCCGGGCGGCGACCGAAGAUCUUUGGCGAAAAUCCGGGGUAAAUGUAGUGGUUCUUUCGAUUCA